AAGUGUCGUUCUUUAUUAGCAAAUCUGUUACGGUGCAGUUGUGCUAGGGCCACCAGGGAGCAGCGCAUCAAUUCGGGGCCCAGCUGUGGUGCAGCAGUAUCAGUUCAACCGACGACCGUUUCGCGAGCAGGUCACACCAUGAAGUUUGCGUUUGUUUUACUUUGGUGGACAACCUCGGCCGGUGCCUUCAAGUGGAACUGUUUGUCUGGACCUAAUUAUUCGCUAGAUCAUUGGAGCGAUGACAACGGAGGACCGAUUUGCGUGGUGGAGAAUGUAACUUUGGAAGAUUUACAAUCGAGUAAGGAAUUGGACGGAUCAACGCCGAGUUCUGUCUUGUUGGACAACAUUCUAGCAGCUCCGGAAGAUCUUUGGAAAACGGAAUACUUCAACUCAGUGAAUCAUCUCUUCAUAACGAAUACGAAUACAUCGCGGAUUUUAGUUCCACCAACGUUGAAAAAGCUAACACUGUUCAGCACCAAUUACGACCAAUUUGUACUCGAACCCAACGUAGAAUACCAGCUGGAGAAGAUCAGCUUGUACGAUAUGCAGCUGGAGGAGUUCCCAAAGGACAUGCAUCUGCUGCGGAAAUUAAAUCUAAUCACCGGACAUCGUGUAGCGUUGAAAACCUUAGAUAUGUCCUCACUAAGUGGUAUUACCAACCUCAAGAUCAUCAAAGUUCCCGAAGGGAACAUCUCCUCAGUAAGACUGUCGGGAUCGGUAAAUCUUCCUAGCUUGACCAACCUGGAGCUUCCCAACAACAAACUUGGUGAAGUCCCCGACGGCAUGCACAAACUAUCCGCCUUAGAAGUGAUUGACCUUUCGCAAAACCGAAUCACAUUCCUGGAAAUGAGUUGCUUCAACGGAUUAGAACACCUCCAAAAGCUAGACCUCAGCUACAACCCCCUCACUCGAAUCAGCUCUCUGGCAACAGUGAAACUUCCCAACCUCGAAACCCUCUCCUUCAUGGCGUGUCACCUGGACCAACUAGACGUGCUACAUUGGGAGUUGUCCACGAUGAAGGUGCUCAAUGUCGGUGGUAACAACCUGCACCAGAUCGAGAACCUGCAGGGUCGUUUCCGCGAGGGACUGGAGCUGCACGUCGGCAUCAACAACUGGGACUGCCAGUGGCUGGAGGAGAACAAGAUCGGACUGCUGUACAAGGGUGGGGAGCAGCAGGAUCGGUUCGGGAGGUGUGACUUCCGCAUUGAGGGAAUUUGCUGCCGCGAAAGUGAGAUGAAGGUUGAGCUGGGGGAACUGCUGGAAACGGAAGUGAGGCAGCUUAAGAACGAGAACUUUGCGCUGAACGCCAACCUGUUGAAGCUGCAGAAGAAAGUUGAUGAAGUUGGUGAAACUAUCAAGAAGGUCUUGACGGAGAUUGAGGACUUGAAAAAGUCAUGAUCCAUAUGAAGCAUUAUAGAAUUUAUCGAUUGUAAGAAAAAUCAACAAACAUAAAAUUAUUAAUAAUUGUAGGAAUUGUGUUCCAGCAGACUAACCCUCAUUUGUUGAAUAAAUAAUUUAGAAAAUUUCCAA